AUGACUAGUGCUACUCGCUUAGAGGGGAGCAAAUGUAAAAAGUGUCUCACUUUACCCCACUCUCCCCUACGUACGUCAGCCACAUCGAGUUCAAAUUUGAAACGACACAUCGAGUUACGCCAUCCGAGCUAUCUUGGCAAAUAUCUGCGACUGAAUGAUGAACGCAAGAAAUCAUUAACGAAGAGAGGACCGCCGCCAAGCACACCCACCCAAGUUAAGCUCACUGCAUUUAGUAAAGGACCUGCUGUUUCCUUCGUUUCCCAGCAACAAGUGGACAAGCUUGUGUUGGAUUACAUUGUGGGAGAUCUGCAGCCUUUGAGUAAGGUCGAGAAGCCAUCGUUCAUCAAAUUAGUGACAGGUUUGCAGCCAUCCAGGCAUGUGCCUUCAAGAAAGCAGGUACAGAAACUACUGAACAAUGCAUUCCAGGAGAAUAUUUCUGACUUAAAGAAUGAACUCUCUGAAGUUGAUGCCGUAUGUACAACAGCAGAUUGCUGGACUGCAGUGAAUAAAGCGUUUUUAGGCAUUACUGUUCAUUGGCUCAACAAAAAUAAUAUCUCUCAGAGAAGCUCUGCAGUGCUUGCAUGCCGUCGUGUUCGAGGAGCACACACACAUGAUGUUCUCGCCAAAGCAUUGUCAGAGGUGCAUAAAGAGUUCAGAAUCCAAAACAAGAUUGUGUGCACUGUGACUGACAAUGCUUCUAAUUUUGUGAAAGCAUUCAACUGUUUCACAGAAGAUUUUCCCAUUGCUGAUAAAGAUCCAGAUCCAGAUGUUGACAGUGAUAAUGCAGCAACUGAAAAUGAAAACGAACCAGGAUCUACCUCGCCUCCUGCUGUAGAUGAAGAGGAUGACAUGGAACCUGAGCCUCUCUCAGCAUUGGAAGACCCCCGUCUUCCCCCUCACAGAAGGUGCAUGGCUCACACCUUAAAUCUUGUUGCCAAAGACACAGAGAAGGUAACUGAUAAACAGUACAAAACACUGUCGAGGGCUGUUUUUGCUAAGGCAUCUGCUUUGUGGAACCGGAUUAAAAGAAGCCCCAAAGCUUCAGAUUUUAUUGAGGGAAAGCUCAGGAUUGGUUUUGUGUUCCCAAAUGAUACACGGUGGAACUCUUUGUAUCUUGCUAUGAAGCGACUGUCUCACAUAGCAACAUUAAUUCCCCAGGCAGACACCAAUGAAGCUGCUGAUACUGUCACUCUUGCAUAUGACAACCUUAUCCUGCAUGCUGUCUGUGAUGAGUUUGGCUUUAGGCGGUUCUCUGCUGAGGAAAUCAGCUUCAUACACAAGUUUGUGGAUGUAAUGAGGCCCCUAGCUUCUGCACUGAACAUCCUGCAGGGAGAGAAAAACGUCUUCCUCGGGUAUUUGGCUCCGACCAUUGUACAACUACAAAAUGAUAUGAAUGGCCUGCUGGAGGAGAGCACAAAGCCCACUGCUGCACAAGGUCUGAUUACAUGCCGUCCUCUCAUACUAAACAUCAUGCAGUCACUGAAAACAAGGGUUGAAGCCAUGCUUGAGAAGAAGGAACACAUAUUGUCAGCCAUGCUGCUGCCAAUAUUCAAGCUCAACUGGGUGGAGGAUGAGGAAAAACGGCUGCUUUACCGAGUUAUGCUGAAACGAGAACUUCUAACUAGCAACUCAGAUGACUCAGAAACACAAAACUCUGAUCAGUCUAAGCCUAGUCGUGAUACUGACAAAGACACAACAGCUUCCUUCUUCAGGUUUAACCAAAACCCUCAGAAUCUCAAAAAAAAUGAAGCAGACACUUACUUGGAUGCACCAACCACAGAUGGCUUUGCAGAGUACAUGCUGCUGCCCAGGCUCAAAAAGCUCUUCCUUAAAUACAACACUGCACUCCCCUCAAGCGCUCCAGUGGAGAGACUUUUCAGUAUCGGAGGCCAAAUAUUCAGGCCCAGGAGAAACAGGCUUGGUGAUGAAAACUUUGAGAAGCAACUGCUCUUGAAUGCAAACAGAAAGCUUAAAGAACUUUAA